AUGCACUAAUUUUAUCAAACAGCAUUAAUUUAUAGCUCCCACAAUAUGCAUGAGCAUCCUUAAGAUUGCUAUGCACUUGGAAACAGAAAUAUACUUUUGCUUUAAUCUCCAGGAAAAAAAAAAGGCUUAAUAUUUACUUUUUCACUUCUGUUAUUGAAAGAGAAAGAAAAGGGCGCAUGUCAAUUAUGUUCAUAUGCAUUUGAAGAGAGUUGUGAUCUCAAAAGUGAAGCCAACACUGCAAAAAAGCAUCAUAGAGGUUUAUUGUAUGCUCUUCCCGGAGUGUUUGAGAAUAGCAGACUUGGGUUGCUCCUCUGGACCCAAUACACUCACAGUCGCCUCCAAAAUUCUUGACACCAUCGAUUUGACUUGCCGGUGCUUGAACAAAAAGCCGCCGGUUUUCCAAGUGUUUCUCAACGAUCUCCCUGGGAAUGAUUUCAAUACCGUCUUCCAAUCACUCCCGAGCUUCUAUGAGAAGUUGGAGAAACAAAAGGGGGCCAAGUUUGGUCCAUGUUUCAUCACCGGGAUGCCGGGUCUCAACUCUCAACCAUACAUGGCUGAACUCUAGAAGGGGGAUUUUAUUCUGCUGUCUUGGCUUCAUGUAUAUCACC